AUGGCCACCGCGACCGGUAUCGGUUUUCUUCGAAAACGUUGCAAUCGUUGGGUGGGCCUGGGCCCGUCCGGCCCGCCUCUUCGAGAUCCGUGUCCACUGCCAGCGUACCUGUACGCUAUUUCAAUUGGCCGAGCCGGCGGUGCGGCUGUUGGCGACACUGCGGAUAUUUUUGCGCAAAAAACGGCUACGUAAUAAUUUUGUCGGGCGUUAGAUUUGUAUGCCAAUCGCGAAUUUCGUUCGUUCAAUUUAAAGUUCGUUUAUUCGUUUGUGACGAAACGUUAUAGAAACUGUCGAUUUCGCCGCAUCGAAAACUCAACCGCCGUAAAAGUGUCGUACAAAUGUGCUACAAGUUACGUUAACUUGACUGCUUCAUACCACGGUGAGCAAACCAAAAUACAAUUUUCCGAACUAAACGGCGAACUGCGAAUCCAGUCGUAG